AUGGAUUUAAUUACUUUAAAUCAAUUACUUAUAAAUAAUAAAGAUUAUAUUAAAGGAGAUUCUUAUAAUAAUUCUACUAUUAUAGAAAGUACUUAUACUAAUAAUAUAGAGAAUACUAUUCUAAAUUAUAAUAUAGAAAUUAAAGUUUUAUUUUGUACUAUUUGUAAAACUAAUCUAGAUAGAAAUAACUAUUUAAAACAUUUAAAAGAUAAACAUUUUACUAUUUAUAAAAGUUAUAAAGAAUCUUCUAAAUUAGAAGUACUUAAAACUAAUAUAGAAGAACUAGAAUUUAAUGACUUAGCUAAAUUAGAAGAUAUUUUAAAGCCUAAUCUAUUUUACUUUAAAGAGUUAGAUUUAAAUUUAAAAGGAUAUAAAUGUAUAGAAUGUAAUUAUAUUAAUAUUAAUUAUAAAGAAGUUAGAAUUCACUUUAAUACUAAUCACUUUAAUAGUAAUAAAAGUAGUAAAUCUAAAGUAAACUAUAUUAUAAAUCAGGUUCCUUUACAAUAUAUUAAAGGUAAUAAUAAAAAUACUAAACUAUACUUUAUACCUAAAAUACCUAAUAUAAGUAAAAAGAAUACUAGUACUAACUUAUAUAUUAACUCUAAUAGUUCUAAUUCUAGUAUAGAAUCUAUUACUUCUAAAAAGUCUAAUAGUUCUAAAGAACUAGAUUUAAAAGAAGAUAUUAUAAAAGAUUAUCUUAAAGAGAAUUUAGAAGAGAAUAAACUAAAUAAUAAUAUAAAUAUUAAUAAUAAUAGACUUUUAAACUCUUAUAUUAAGAAAUCUAAUAUUUAUAUCUUUUUAAAAGAUAAAGAUAGAGAGUCUUUAGUAAAUCUAGUAUAUAAUAUUAAAGAAGAAGAUAAAGAUCUAAGUGUUUUUAAUAGAAUAGACUAUAAUAAAUUAGAAGAUAUUAUUAUAGAUUGUUUACUUUAUAUACAUUCUAAAAUCACUAAUAUAAGCUUAGGAUUAAGACAAAAGCUAAAUCAAAAUAAUAGUAGUAAUACUAGAGUAUUUAAAGACUUUAUACCUUUAGAGAAUAAGUCUACUACUAAGACUUACUUUACUUAUUAUGCUAAACUACUUAGCUUUAUUAUUAAAGUACGUUAUAUUAAAGGGAAAUAUAAGAAUACAAUAGGUAAAGAAAGAACUUACUUUGAUUUAGUAAAGAACUUUACUAUUAACUUAGAAGCUAAAGAAGCUUUAAAGAAUAUUAUUCCGUUUAACUUAGAUUUAAUAGAUUUAGAAGAUAAAGAACUAACUAAAGAGAAAGAAGAGUUUUAUACUUAUAUUAUAGAGUUUUACAUUAGUUUACUUAAAGAUAAUACUACUUUAACUUUAGAUAAUAAUACUAGUUUAAAUAAUAUAGUUCUAAGCUACUUCUUUAUAACUAAUCUAGAUAUUAAUACUAAAGAGAUUAAAAAUAUAGAUCUAAUAGGAAAGCUUACUAGUUAUAUUCUUUAUAAUAGUAAACUACUUACUAUAGAAUAUUUCUACUUUAAAGAGUUAAAUAAUAUAAAGUAUACUUAUAAUGAUUUUAAUGAUUUUCUUUCUACUUAUUUAACUAAUAGUUCUAAUAAUUACUUUGAAUUCAUUAGUAUUCUAAGGCCUUAUCUCUUAGCUUUAAAUAAAGAAAGAGAAUCUACUAAUUAUAUUAUAAAAGAAACUAGUUUAAAUAUUAUAGAAUAUAAUACUAUAGAGUAUUCUAUUACUAAGAUUAAAGAGCUCUUUAAGAAUGUUUAUAUUAAUUUAGAAGAUAUUUUACUAAAGAAGCUUUUAAAGAUAACUUCUAUAGAUUCUUUAGAUAUAGACUUUAAUACUAUAAAUGAUAAUACCUUUAUAAGUAAUAUAGAUUAUUAUAUAAUAGAUACUUUAGAAUUAAAAUAUCUUAAAACUAAUAGGCCUUACUUUUUAACUCAAUUAUUAACUAAAGGAACCUAUUAUAAUAAAACACUAUUAAAAGAUAUAAAGAAAGAUACUAAGACUUUAAGAUUUAAAGAUACUAAUAUAGAAAUAUUUAAUACUAAUAUUAAUAGGUUUUUAGAAUACUUAACUCUCGCUAUUUAUUUAUAUAGCGGAGGUCCUUUAAGAGGAACCGAAUUAACUACUAUACUUUAUAAGAAUAUAGAAACUAAAACUAGAAGUCUAAUAUAUAAUAAAGAAGAUAAUACCUUUAUAAUUUCUACUAAUUAUAUAUUAAUAAUACCUUUUAAAGAUUACUUAUAUAAAAACUACUAUAACUUUAAAGACUAUUCUAGUCCUUAUCUAUUAACUAAAGAUAAUAAAGUAAUAGAAAGUAAUACUAUUAGUAGGAUCUUAAAGAGAGAAUCUAGUUUAUUAUUUAAAGAAGGUUUAACUAUUAAAUCUUAUAGAAAGAUUAUUAAUUAUAUAAUUAAAACUAAAUUUAAUAAUUAUGAUUAUAGUAGUAAUAGUAGUAAUAAUAAUAGCGAAGAAGAAGAUUUAAUCGAAGAUAGACAAGCUAAUAGAUCUACUAGAACUAGUUUAAAUCAUUACCUUAAUAUUGAAAAUCCUUUUAAUACUUUAAAAAGUAAAGAUUUAACUAAUAAAGUUAAAGAAUUUAGUAUAAAAUAUUGGUCUUUCUUUAAUCUAUUAGAUAAACGCGAUUAUAAAGAGAAUAGUACUUUAGAAUUAAGUGUAAAUAAACUAGAAUCUACUACUAAGACUAAGGAAUUAAGUAUAAGUAGUAGUAUAUCUUUAGAUUUAUUAGAGUUAAACAUUAAAGAGUUAUAUAAAGAUUCUAAACUUUAA